CACACACAAAGACUCUCCUCUGGCAGCCGAGACACAACUCCACGCUUAGCAGGAUGAGUUUGAAAAAACUGGGUAUAAAGUGGUUUGGCAGUCUGAGCAAUAUCUCAUUUCGGCGUUCAUCUUCCAGCUCAGACUCUAAGACACAAGACCAUCAGUUGCUAAAGCACCAUGGGAGCCUCCCUGAAGAUACCACUUUUGAGAAAUCUGUGGACGAUAUGGGGACUUCUCCAAAGAGUCCCACCUACGCCCGGUCUAGUGACAUGUACAGCCACAUGGGGACCAUGCCCCGGCAUGACAAGUCCAGUAAAGGCUCCAAAAAAGCAAAAGCGAAAGCAGAUCUGAACCGAAAACAAAGUCAGCAGUUGUGCUCCGAUUCAGUGCCCGAAUCUGUUCUGCUGAGCGCUUUGUCUGGCAGCAUCGGCCAAAGCCAGGAGGCUACAGCUAGAGAUUGUGAGAAACAAGAAAGCUCUCACAAUGCCGGAAAAGCACAACAAAGCAACAGCUUGCCAGAAUUAAAGAAUAAAAAGUCAGAAUUGGUAUAUCCAAACGAACUGAAGGGGCCAGCACUGCCAGAGAGAAAUAAGCCCACACGUACCACCCAUGAGCACCCACCUCCACAGGAGCCUACAAAAGGAGAUCCAGUCAAAGGAGCGGAACAGACAUCACUGGACAAAAUGUCGAGUCCUCUUGAAGUUCUACAAGGGACGACAUCUGACAUGACGUUGAAUGAGGCCGAGCUAUCCGAAGGACAAGAACAGGAAAUGAAUCCAAAUGAAAGCCACUUGGACAACAUGGACUCAAGAGGCGAAUAUGUAAAAUUUUCAAAGGAGAAAUACCUUUUAGAUCCCCCACCUGAAAAGCUUAAACGGGAGCUUGAAGAGGAGCUGAAGCUUAGCAGCAGUGAUUUGCGCAGCCAUGGCUGGUAUCAUGGGCGCAUCCCACGAGAGGUUUCUGAAACUCUGGUGCUACGGAAUGGGGACUUUUUGAUACGCGACUCCUUGACGAGCACCGGUGAUUACGUCUUGACAAGCCGGUGGAACAAUGAGGUCCUGCACUUCAAAAUCAACAAAGUGCUGGUGAAAACCAAUGACUCGUACUCACGUGUGCAGUACCUUCUAGAACGUGAGGGCUUUGACAGCGUCCCGGCACUGGUGCAUUACUAUGUGGGCAACCGGAACCCAGUCUCGCAGCAGAGCGGAGCUCACAUCUACAGUCCUGUCAACCGCACCCUGCCGCUGCGCUACCUGGAGGCGAGCUUUACCAUGGCAAACAGCAAGCACGGACUUAGCCAGUCACCUGGCAGUCAAAGGGGGGGAUACAUCAAGAGGAGGAGUGUCACCAUGACCGAUGGCUUGACGACGGAAAAGAUUAUCCCACACAGGGGGAAUAGCCUAGCUGCUGCAGUGCCCUCCUCUCCAAGGCCAGCGGUCAACACACUUCAGAUGAUUAUGGAGUCUGACCAGAGGACAAGCCCUUCUAACCCUCACCACAAAGAAGCGAUCCGGAACUGUGCACUUAGCAUGGACCAAAUCCAGGACUUCCACUGCAGUAUGUCUCCAGUCAGUGAAGGCCCACCAUCUCCAGCGUACAGCACAGUUAUGAGGCACAAAAGCCCGGCCGUUGGACGAGUAGCUGCGAUGGUACCCAGCUCACCGGUGAUGCGGCGCUCCAGUGAACCUCAGCUUUGUCCAUCUACUAACAACAACACCCCAUGUUCUGAAGCACAGCACAGCACCCACAGCACGCCAGCCCAUAAAUACUGCCAGUCUCCGGUCGUCAAGAAAAACUACGAUACAAGUGAGACAGAAGCUACUGGGGGCCACUACUGUGAGCUGCGCCUUCCACCUUCCACUCCGGGGCCGCUGCCUGCUAAGAGUUAUGUGGAGAGGCUGCGUGUGGAAGAGCUGGGGAAAAUUUCAGAAAAGGUUCUGCACCCCGCCAGCACGCCUGAGGAGUAUGGAGAGGAAAGCUUCAUCGUGCCAGUUAUUGAGACAACUUCUGCCUUCAAACCCAGUAGCUAUGUCUCCAUGCUGAUGCCUGCUGAGAACAAACCUCUGGAAAUGUCAAUCCUGAAAAAAGUUAAGGAGCUGUUGGCUGAAGUGGAUGCCAAAACUACAGCCAAGCACAUCACGAAGGCUGACUGCAUGGUGGCCAGGAUUCUGGGUGUUUCCCAGGAUUUGCAGAAGACGAUGGGAGUGAGCUCUGGGCUGGAGCUGAUUACGCUUCCUCAUGGACAUCAGCUGAGAAUGGACUUACUGGAAAGGUUUCAUACAAUGUCCAUAAUGAUGGCCGUGGACCUGUUGGGCUGCACCGGCAGCACGGAGGAGAGAGCUGCCCUUCUCCAUAAGACCAUACAGCUGGCAGCUGAACUCAAAAGCAACCUUGGCAACAUGUUUGGGUUUGCUGCUGUGAUGAAGGCCCUGGAGAUGCCACAGAUCUCACGUUUGGACCAGACAUGGAUGACAUUGAGGCAAAGACAUACUGAAGGAGCCAUUCUGUAUGAAAAGAAGCUCAAGCCUUUUAUGAAGAAUAUGAAUGAUGGCAAAGAAAGCUGCCCUUUGUCAAACACCUCUUUCCCUCAUGUCAUUCCUCUCCUCUCCUUGUUGGAAAAGGGGGUAGCCAUAGCAGAGGGUUUGGAGCCAUGGGAAAAUGCUGAUGCAGGUGUGGACGUGGUGAUGAAUCACUUAGAAGCAGCUCGAACCAUUGCUCACCAUGGGGGAAUUUAUCAAACUAACGCAGAAACCAAGCUGCAAGGAUUCCAGGAGAGAGAAGAAGUGUUGGAGAUUUUCCAGACUGAGUUUCAAAUGCGCUUACUGUGGGGCAGCCGGGGGGCCGAGGGCAAGCAAGCCGAACGUUAUGAGAAAUUCGACAAGGUCCUAACAGCCCUCUCCCACAAGCUGGAGCCCCCGGUGCGGCAGAGUGAAUUAUAGCAGGCACCUCUUCAUUAGACAAGUGGUCACUGGUAGAGGAGGGCAUGAUGGGCACACAAAUGACUGAGCAUGUUUGGAAAUUCAGCACAUAGCAGGUCACCUUCAGGAGUGGACCGUUACGCGUUGAGAGCGGCUCCUCUGACAGACAAUGACCCAUCCUCGAUUCAAUGAGUGGAUUCAGAAACCAUUGUGUCUGUGCUACUGAAACACAGCAACAUCAUGGCUGCUUUCCAAACCAAACUUUUUCUGUGAGCUGCAUUUUUUUGUGCAAGGCUGUAUUUGUUGUUUUUUUUUUUUUCUUUUCUUAAAAUGGAAUACAGAUUUUUUAUGUGCUUAAUGUUUUUGAAUAUUUGCUAUUGUAAAUAUAGUUAUACUCUAAAAGUCACUUUGAUUUAAAAAAAAAAAAAA